GGUUGCUUAAAAAAAAGCCCCAUAAUGCGACCGUAUUUCCGCUAGUUUUUAAGGAUAGAACGUAUCCUGACGGCCGUGGCUAUCCCAAGAUUCAUUGUGCGCAUCUAACGGCUUGACAUUUAUAAACAUUCAUUCAAAACUUUAGUUAAAUAAAAGUAUUUUAUUCUAAAAAACAGUCCAUUUCAGUGUUGGGCUGUUUUAUUGAACAUAAACGUGUCAAUUUUCUAAAAUAAAGAAUCGUUUUUCUGGCUCCGUAUUUGAUUAAAAAAGUCUCUGUUUAAGGAAACGUUUCUGCUGUGUCCUGCUGCUGUCACCACGCAACAUGGGCAGCAGGUGACGCAAUCCUCUGCGAGUCUAGUGCGUCUCAUUUCAGACUUUUGGGACUGCAUGCUUUGAAGAACAAGUCCUCGUUUUUAAAUCCGCAACUUUAGAAGCUUGCAGGCGCAGAAUUGGGACAGAGCUGUAGUUUCCGUUACUUGUGUUCUUGGUAGGCGACCUGCCAGAGUUCUGAAAGGCUAAGCAGCAAUAUCGAAUGUGAUCAUUCCGAACGCGGAGGAUUGUGAUAUUAAACUCGGUUGCAACCAGCAUCAAUUAUGGGGAUGUUUAAUUUAAAGCAGAUUAAUCCAGAUAUAAACACUGACUGGAGAUUAGCGGUUACAACCACAGUUUGCGUCGCAGGUGCGUUAAUAAUCUUCAAGAAAAGCAUCAACAAUCGGAAAACUCAGAAGAAAAUACUGAAGGCACGGCAGAGACGAGAAAAAUCAUUUCACGAUGCACAACAAGCUUUGCAGCGAUUUAAAAAGACGAACCCUGACUUUAAGAGCAGUUCCAUAGUCUCUCUGUCUUUGCCUGAGCUCACUGGAAAACUCAAGGAUGGAGCACUGGAGCCAGAUGCCGUGCUUUACGCCUUUAUGGAAAAGGCUCUUCAGGUGAAUGACAAAUUGAAUUGCAACGCAGAGAUGCUGAUGGGUGCCGUGGAGCAGCUUAAAAGUAUUGACACUCAUAAGAAGGGGCUUCUGUAUGGCGUUCCAAUCAGCAUCAAGGAAAAUCUAGGAUAUAAGGGUCAUGACUCUACAUGUGGAGUUCUGUGUAAGUUGGAUCAGCCUGCUGUGAUUGACAGUGUGGUUGUUGCUGUGCUGAAGAGACAGGGCGCCAUUCCUUUCGUCAAGACAAAUGUGCCGCAGGGUCUUCUGAGCUAUGACUGCAGUAACCCCAUUUAUGGACAAACUAAGAACCCCUGCAACGUUCAGAAGACCUGUGGAGGUUCUUCCGGAGGAGAAGGGGCUCUGAUUGGUGGAGGCGGGUCCAUCCUGGGUCUGGGGACUGACAUUGCAGGGAGCAUUCGGAUCCCGGCAUCCUUUUGUGGGAUUUGUGGACUUAAGCCCACAUCAAACAGGAUAAGUUUGCGUGGAGCCAGUUCUUGUGCCAGAGGUCAGAAGUCAGUGUUGUCGUCGGUCGGCCCAUUGGCGAGGGAUGUUGAGAGCUUGGCACUCUUCAUGCAGGCGCUGCUCUGUGAGGACAUGUUCACCUUGGACCCCACUGUCCCUCCGAUACCUUUCAACCACAAGGUGUAUGAGAGCUCAGAGCCCCUGAGGAUUGGUUAUUUUGAAACAGACGAUUACUUUCAGCCGUCUCCAAGUAUGGUCAGGGCCUUCAGGGAAACCAAGGAACUCCUUGAGAAAGCAGGGCACACGCUGGUCCCGUUCAAAUUUCCACGGAUCUUCAACGCCAUGUAUGAUAUGAUUGUGAAAGGAAUUCUAGCUGACGAAGGUGCGACCCUCCUGAAACACUUGGAAGGAGGGCAUAUUGACCCAACACUUCGAGCUCAGAUAAAACCAUACAGGCUCCCAAAGUUUGUCAAGAAGUUUCUUUCCGUUAUUCUCAAGCCUAUUUUUCCACGGAUGUCUGCAGUCUUGAAUUCAAUCUGUGGAGUGAGGUCAAUAUCAGAAUUAUGGGAACAACAUGCAAACAUUGAGGAUUACAUUCAUGAGGUGGUAGCAGAUUGGAGAAGACUAAAUCUGGAUGUUCUGCUGUGCCCUAUGCUUGGACCAGCCUACAAUUUCUUCUUCUGUGGAAAACUCACCAGUGUUCUGAGUAAUACCGGCCUUUUCAACCUGCUAAAUUUCCCAGCGGGGGCUGUGACAGUCUCUACAGUGACAGAAGAGGACGAAGCGCAGCUUAAACAGUACAAGGGUUGCUUCGGUGAUAUGUGGGACAAACUCUUUGUAAAGGCAAUGGAAGGUGGUGUGGGUCUUCCCGUGGCAGUGCAGUGCGUGUCUUUGCCGUGGCAGGAUGAAGUGUGUCUACGUUUCAUGAGAGAAGUAGAGCAGCUCACGGCCAAUAACAAACACGCCAGACGACAUUAGAGACUGAACAUCAGUACAUUGUCUACUUCAGUGGUUAUCAAACUUUUUAUUGUUAGGCCCGCUUUGUGUAGAGUGCAUUGCUUUGCACCACACCCUCCCCCUAAUAUACAAUGCUGGAACAUCAACUAUUUUGGUUGGUGGUUAUAAAAAUGGCAUACAAUUGCAACAAAAACCAACUUAGGCCCCUAGUUUGAGAACCAUUGGUCGACCUGAUUUAAACACCAUUAUCUCUGUUUAAUAAUGAAGGAUUUGGGAUGAUCUGAUCACUGUGAUUUGACCACCAUGAAAUGUAAAAAACGUACAAUUAACAUGCAAUAACUUUUGGAUCUAAUGCUGUAUGUAUUAAUGUCAGUCAUGUGUUUUAUAGAAAAAAAUAUGCAAACAUUUCUUUAACAGAUUACAAAACUAAAAUUGUUUUUAAUACAAAGAUGAUGAUGUUUAAUACAAAUGGGUGAUUGUGUGCUGAAUAAUCAAGUAAAAGCAGCCAAUCAGAGCCCAGCACAGACCUCAAGAAGCUUCUUAAUAAAAUGAAUAAAAAAAACAUUUUUGUACAUUCUAGGUAAAGAAUGCUAAAAUAACUAUUCUUCUAAUGUUUUUAUAAUUAUAUAAUUAGAAUAAUUAUAAAAUGUGAAAAUAUUAAUAAGUGAUUCAUUCAGCCAAACUUGUGAAUGGCAGUGUAAUUGUUUGCAUACAUUGAUGUACACCACUGUUUACAAUCUGAAAUAAAUUGAAUCUAUCACAGCUUAGUUGGAAAACCA